AUGGAAGACGGUACAGGGGUGCAUGUUCCUAUUGAGGAGGAGGAGGAGGCUAUCUUGUAUUAUGAUGCUAGUGCUACGGAUGGUAAUGACUAUGAUGAUAGGUGGUGUAUCGUUGGAAGGUUUUUGACUGAAAGACAAAUUGAUUUUGAGGCCAUGCAACAUAUGAUGGCUUCAUUGUGGCAGCUGGGGAAGGGGAUGUUGCAGCGGGGGGAGGAUCCAAGAUUAAUUACCUUGAAUGAAGUUGAUAUGUGGGUGCAAUUGCAUGAUCUUAGAUCGGGGUUUAAAACUGUUACGGUUGAUAAGGAUGUCGCAAACUAUGUUGGGAAGUUUGUUCAAUCGGAUGAAAAGAAUUUCAUGGGCUUAUGGUGGGAUUAUCUUCGUGUUCGUGUGACUUUGAAUGUUACAAAACCAUUAAAGAGACGUAUGAAGCUUUGCAAUACUAACGGGAUCGAGUUCUGGACUAACUUUAAGUAUGAACAUCUCCCCACUUUCUGCUUUAUUUGUGGAAUUAUGGGGCAUUCUGAAAGCUUUUGUCCACAGCGUUUCGAGGUUUGA